GGGAAGAAAGGAGUGCUGUGUGUGUCGAGGCCGUCUCGAAAGUGGAACACAAUCACUGCUGCUGAAAUGACCGACCAGACGAAUGAUACAUGCUUGUUUUGAGCGGAUGUGCGUAUCUGGAUACAAGACGACUAAAUAUGAUGUAGCGGAUCUCGAGAAGGGACCCUUCAAGUCGAUUUUCCCCGAUGUCGAAGGUGCCGCAUUUCUUGUUGCUCUGGUCCGUAUCUGGCUGCUGGUCACAAUAAUAGAAAUACACAUUGGUAUUGAUAAGAGUGGAGUGCGGCGAAGACAGGGGAAGAAGCCGAGUGCUGUGUCGCGACGCAAGUGAGAAGUAUCUCUCUGAGAUAAAGUCCUUAUCGGGGCCCAUGCGUCUGUAGAGACAUUGAUGGUGCUAGUUCUCGUUAGCUUGUGCUAACAUCAGCGGCAAGCUUGCUUUAUGAAGUGGACACUCCAGCACGGGAAAAUGCAUUGAGAUUUCCCAAACUAAAUCAAACAAGUAGGCAUUGGAACAACUUCUGAUCUUACGUAAAGCAUGGCCAUGGUUUUAAUGUAGACUACCACCAUUUCGCCAAACACUGAGUUUUCACUGAAUUAAGUAGCCUGCCACCCGUGGAAUCUAGCCUGAUUAUGUUCUGAAUAGGCUGCUUCAUCGUCGCCUGGUUCGGGAUAAGAAGAUCAACGGUUAAGACCAUCUGCCACCAGACAGUACAAUGCAUUGUCCUGGCCAACAGCUGCUGCCAACAUAGAGGUCACCCAGCCUCACUUUCUAACGGUUUCCCCCCAGAGGAUGCUGGGAAUGUGUCGCGGACGCAGAAAGUUCCUGGCGGCCUCGCUCGCCCUGCUCUUCAUCCCGGCCCUCACCUGGCUCUAUCUGUCGGCCGGGAACUUUCAAGUGAAGCCCCUCCUCCUGUCGCCCCUGGAGCCCCAGGCGUCCACGCUGGUGGGCGGGCCCGGGGAGCGCCAGGCUCUGGAGCUGCGGGUCCGAGAGGUGGAGGAGGAGAACCGCGCCCUGCGCAAGGAGCUCAGCAAGCCGCCGCAGGCCCGUCCUCACCACGGCAACCACCACGGCAACCAGUCCCGGACCCACUCGGAGGAGGGCACGGGGGAUAACGAGGGAAUGAAGUCGGGCGCCGCGGGCAACGGCUCGGACUGUGCACAGCAGCCGCCUGUGGAUAAGUGCGAGACCAUUCACGUGGCCAUCGUGUGUGCGGGCUACAACGCCAGCCGGGAUGUGGUGACGCUGGUCAAGUCUGUCCUCUUCCACAGGCGGAACCCUCUUCACUUCCAUUUCAUCACUGACUCCAUCGCCCAGCAGAUCCUGGCCUCCCUGUUCCACACCUGGAUGGUGCCCGCCGUCCGCGUGGACUUCUACGAUGCUGACGAGCUGAAGUCGGAGGUGUCGUGGAUCCCCAACAAGCACUACUCGGGGAUCUACGGCCUUAUGAAGCUGGUCCUGACCAAGACGCUGCCGUCCGACCUGCAGCGGGUCAUCGUCCUCGACACGGACAUCACCUUCGCCACCGACAUCGCCGAGCUGUGGGCUGUCUUCCACAAGUUCAAAGGUCAGCAGGUUUUGGGCCUGGUGGAGAACCAGAGCGACUGGUACCUGGGGAACCUGUGGAAGAACCACCGUCCCUGGCCGGCACUGGGAAGAGGCUUCAACACAGGGGUGAUUCUGCUGCUCCUGGACCGCCUGAGGAAGCUGAGAUGGGAGCAGAUGUGGAGACUGACGGCAGAGAGGGAGCUGAUGAGCAUGUUGUCCACCUCACUGGCUGAUCAGGACAUCUUCAACGCUGUGAUCAAACAGAACCCCUUCCUGGUGCACCAGCUGCCCUGCUUCUGGAACGUCCAGCUGUCGGACCACACCCGCUCCGAGAAGUGCUACAAAGACGUGUCCGACCUCAAGGUGAUCCACUGGAACUCCCCUAAGAAGCUGCGGGUGAAGAACAAGCACGUGGAGUUCUUCCGGAACCUCUACCUGACCUUCCUGGAGUACGACGGCAACCUCCUCCGCCGGGAGCUGUUCGGCUGCCCCAGCGAGACGGACCACAACAGCGAGAACCUCCAGAAGACCCUGUCGGAGCUGGACGAGGACGACCCGUGCUACGAGUUCCGGCGGGAGCGCUUCACCGUGCACCGCACGCACCUCUACUUCCUCCACUACGAGUAUGAGCCCAGCGCCGACCACACCGACGUCACGCUGGUGGCCCAGCUGUCCAUGGACAGGCUCCAGAUGCUGGAGGCCAUCUGCAAGCACUGGGAGGGCCCCAUCAGCCUGGCCCUCUACCUGUCGGACGCCGAGGCGCAGCAGUUCCUGCGCUACGCCCAGGGCUCCGAGGUGCUGAUGGGCCGCGGCAACGUGGGCUACCACGUCGUCUACAAGGAGGGCCAGUUCUACCCCGUCAACCUGCUGAGGAACGUGGCCAUGCGCCACGUCAACACGCCCUACAUGUUCCUGUCCGACAUCGACUUCCUGCCCAUGUACGGCCUCUACGAGUACCUCAGGAAGUCGGUGGUGCAGCUGGACAUGGGCAACACCAAGAAGGCCCUGGUGGUGCCGGCCUUCGAGACGCUGCGCUACCGCCUGUCCUACCCCAAGUCUAAAGCGGAGCUGCUCACCCAGCUGGACAUGGGCACGCUCUUCACCUUCAGGUAUCACGUGUGGACCAAGGGCCACGCCCCCACCAACUUUGCCAAGUGGCGGACGGCCACCACCCCGUACAGGGUGCAGUGGGAGGCCGACUUCGAGCCCUACGUCAUGGUGCGCAGGGACAGCCCCGAGUACGACCGCAGGUUCGUGGGCUUCGGCUGGAACAAGGUGGCCCACAUCAUGGAGCUGGACGCUCAGGAGUACGAGUUCGUGGUCCUGCCCAACGCCUACAUGAUCCACAUGCCCCACGCGCCCAGCUUCGACAUCACCAAGUUCCGCUCCAACAAGCAGUACCGCGUCUGCCUCAAGACCCUCAAGGAGGAGUUCCAGCAGAACAUGUCCCGGCGCUACGGCUUCGCCGCGCUCAAAUACAUGACGGCGGAAAACAACAGCUAGCCACCACUGCAAACCCUCUCUCCCCCCGACUAGGAAGGGAGCGGGGGGUGGGGGGGAGAGAGGGGGGCUCCGUGCGGGGGAGCCUCUUGGAGCUUUCAGACUUCCACCGGAGACCGGAGGCAUGGCGCCCUGGCUCUGCAAGUGACCUCUGACCCUUCGAGAGGGAACCGUGAGGUCACCGCGCCUAAACUUUUGUCUCACCCGAUGGGAGUGAAGUGCAAUCCAGGACUUUUUUUGUUGUUGUUCAUUUUCUUCAUCCCCCCCUCCUCCCUCCCCCCUGGGUAGAGAAAGCCUGGUUCGAAGCGUUGACACGGUGGACUGGUUUCCUCGUGUGAGCGGUCUAGCUCGGUUACAGGUUGUUCCUGGCGUGGAGCGACUCCGCAGCAGAGGAGGAGCAGCUCAUCGCACAGACGGGGGAGGAAACCGGACGCCGCCGCAGGCGAACGGAGAGUGACGGACAGGCUAGCGUUAGCCUCGGAAAGCAGACAUGAGUUGCCUUGCCAUAUCAGAGACUAAGUGUCAACUGCUGUGUGCCGGGCUAUGUAAUGUGUGUGUGUGUGCGCGCGAUUGCCUCCAGGACAAUGCUUAGCAAAAAGCGUGGGGAGACUUGAGCGUAAAGCUUUGGAGUAUAGCUGGCUCACAUUUGUGUCCACACGUUGGCGAAUCAGAACGUCUUUCUUUCUUUCUUUUUCGUUGUCGUGCCAAUAUGAAAUAGCAAUGAUUUGACUGACGGCACACCCCCAGAAUCACUCUCAAGGGAAUGCAAACACUGUACGCAGGGGCUGCGGGAUAAAGGCGAGGCGGCGUACGUCUGGGCACAUUGCGAAGAGGUCUUUCCCAUGACAUAUCCAGCGAUACGCGGUCGGCCAUCUUUUAUUGUGACAUUUGUUUUAAUCUCUCGAUAUCGAUCAAAACAAAUCUUCCAACUCGCGUUACGGGGAUAGCGCCGUACAAGGACUCCGGUAGGUCAUCCUAACAAUUGCUAUUCGAGGUGUCGGGUAUCAGCUACACUGGAAUGAUUGGUGUGUGUGUGUUUUGGCGCCGUAGCGUCAGAAGAGCCUGCUGUAGGCUAUGUAAAGGUCAGGGUGUGUGUGUGUGUCAGUGGUUAGGUGUGUGUACCCCGCAUGAAAGGUUCAUGAAGUGGAAUAUUGACAGGUACAGCACACACCAUACACUGCUCAGAGGACCGUGUUCAAUCUUGCCAAUUUCAUGCCGUCAGGGUCUAGAACCUUCUCUUCUCUCAGAACCGACGAGGACGCAAUCGAACGCUCUCCGAACCGUCACACCCAUGGUUUUGUUUGCUCAUCGAUAUCAACGUGUUUAUUUUUAUUUUUUUUAUUAUUAUUGUGACCUGAAUCAGUGUUAGCUAUCAAGUAUGUGUUUACAGUCCUGGGGGCAGCAACACUGAACUGCCUCCUCUCACGAGGCGAAGCGGUGCCAGAUGACUAUCAGAGUCUCAAGGACUCCAGGACAGCGUUUCAAAUGUACAACGACCACCAGUGCGACCCGGAGAUCCACACGACAGACGGGAGGUUUACGUGUGUGCGCGCGUAAGUCUCCGUCCAGGUUCAUGGUGGCGUCGCCAGUACCGUCCGGGGGGAGGGGAGGGAGGGGGUGGUAUCUGGAACAGCAGCAGGGCUGGUCCUGGGAGGGGUGGUGUACUGGUCGGGCCGACCACCUCGGUUGGGCCUUCACGACUCACAACCACGCAAGGGCUUGCUGCAGUACAACGUGUGUGUGUGUGUUUGUACCGGGGGGGGGGGGGAGUGUAUGUAUGUGUGUGUCAUAGUGGAGAUGGUUAUUGGCUCUGUGUGUGCGCGUUUGUGUGUGUGUAGCUUUGCAGGCGGUGCACUGCAGGGGAGUAACCGGAGGUGUGUAACUAGGACAGUGCCGACAGACAUGCUGCUACCUAAAUAAAAAGCGUAUGAGCGAGACGA